AUGAGUGUUUCGAAGAUUCUUUCACAAAAAAUUAAAGUUGCUUUGGUUCAAUUGUCAGGCUCAAGUCCUGACAAAAAGGCUAACCUGCAAAGAGCGGCAACGUUUAUUGAAAGGGCUAUGAAGGAACAGCCAGAUACGAAACUUGUCGUAUUGCCCGAAUGCUUCAAUUCUCCAUAUUCUACUGAUCAGUUUAGAAGGUAUUCUGAAAUUAUUAAUCCGAACGAGCCUUCGACAUCGGUUAAGUUUUUAUCUAAUUUAGCCCAAAAGUUUGGAAUUAUCUUGGUAGGAGGAACAAUUCCAGAAUUGGACCCGAAGACAGACAAGAUUUACAACACCUCCAUAAUUUUCAACGAAGAGGGAAAGCUGAUUGAUAAACACCGUAAGGUCCAUCUUUUCGAUGUGGACAUUCCCAACGGCAUAUCGUUCCAUGAAAGUGAAACCUUGAGCCCUGGGGAGAAAUCCACCACCAUUGACACGACAUAUGGUAAGUUCGGCGUGGGUAUAUGCUACGAUAUGAGGUUUCCGGAACUAGCAAUGCUAAGUGCACGCAAUGGCGCUUUUGCUAUGAUCUACCCUAGCGCAUUUAACACGGUCACGGGACCAUUGCACUGGCAUUUAUUGGCAAGAAGCAGAGCAGUGGAUAAUCAAAUGUAUGUGAUGCUAUGUUCUCCAGCAAGGAACUUGCAGAGUUCUUAUCAUGCGUAUGGCCACUCCAUAGUGGUGGACCCCAAAGGCAAUGUCAUUGCAGAAGCUGGCGAAGGAGAAGAGAUUAUCUAUGCUGAGUUGGAUCCCGAGGUCAUUGAGUCUUUCAGGCAGGCAGUACCCUUAACGAAACAAAGAAGAUUUGACGUAUACACUGAUGUCAAUACGCAUUAG